UUGUGUCGAGUCCUGUGGUGAUGAACAAGAUCUGCGGCGGUGAGUGAUCAUCUGCGAGUGUGUGCGGAAACAUGGGGGAAGCAGAGACUGUGCCGUCCGACGAAAAACAAGCAGAAACCGGCAUCUGUACCGCCGAGGAAUCGAUUGUAUGGAGUCAAGAAGUAGAAGUGUGUCUUUUUCACGCAAUGCUGGGUCAUAAACCCGUAGGGGUGAACCGUCAUUUCCACAUGAUCUGUAUUCGCGAUAAGUUCAGUCAGAACAUCGGCAGGCAGGUGUCAUCUAAAGUCAUCUGGGAUCACCUGAGCACCAUGUAUGACAUGCAAGCACUGCACGAAUCAGAAAUACUCCCGUUUCCAAACUCGGAGAAGAGCUUUGUGCUUCCUGAAGAGAUCAUACAGGAUGUCAAGGAAGGCAAAGUGGCAUCGGAAGAUGACGUGAAGGAGGAGUUCAAAGAAGAAAGUGACCCACCUGCAACCCACGAAGAAGGUCUGGGUCCCAGUAUGGCUGGCCAGGAUUUUGCGAGGCAGCAAUUCCUCCGUGAAGAUGUCAGAGAGGUCGGGCAGCGGGCGCGAGAAAGAGAGAGAGCGGGCAGAGAGGGGGGGCUCAGGUGAGACGGGCAGCGGGUCGAAAGAAUCAGCCGGGGAAAAGAGGAAAAGGAACCGAGCCGUGGAGAAGGUGAUGAACUCCAGCAACCCCUCCAGCCCUGGAGGAGCCAAGCGCCGCAGGACGUAACCGCAGCUUGCAGCAGGACGACUUGGGACAUCAGACAUUUGAAAAGAACUGACUGGGAAAAGUUUAGCUAAUAUUGUUCGCGCUAGAGCCAACGUGAAAUGACAUGGCGUGCAGGGGAUGUGUGAUGUUCGUGUGCGUUAUCUGCAGUCCAGAAGUUCACUGCGAGAGGCGUUCCUGUGCUUUGAAAGCAUCCUGAGCUGUUCACUGACAGACGGCGGGAAAAAUAGAUGAAGGAAAGUCUUUUGUGGUUGUGUAGGAUCAGACUAGACUGAUGAGGAAAGUAUGGUAAACAAAUAAGCUGAGUUUGGAAACAAAACAGCAACUUUUUAAAAGGUUUCUGGGAAUUUUAAGUGGUAGCUUCAUUUUAUUUUUGUCAGAGUUGACGUUCUUGAGAUGGACCAGAAAAUCUAGUUCGUUGUGUGAUUUAUUAGGACUUUCACUGCAAAUAAGCUGAGCUAGAUGUGUAUGACAUAACUUGAUUCUAUUAGCCAAUUAGACGGUCAUUGAUCAAAUGCUUAGGAAAUAGUGAUGGGUAUUUGCACUGUUUCUGAGUCAUGCUGGUUUGAAAUAUUUGACCGAGUGUAUGUUAAACACAUCAGGAGUAUGUCCCUGAUUAAAAAAUUGAUAGUGAACAAUGUUGGUCUGAUAUGACUUUUUAAUUCCUAAUCUGACAGUGAAUAAUAUUUAAUAUGUUAGCCUACCUUUGAUCUAUUCUGGUAAACAUAAAUGUUCCAAAAGAGAUUUAAAAUGGUUUAAUUUCCUUUGAUGCCGUAGGAGAAUAUUUUUAGUUCUCUUUUCCUCUGUCAGCAGAUGAUCCUUGGACUACUGUUCAAAAGAUCAGUAAGAAAAGACAUUUUUAACUAAAUUAAUACUAUUAUUAAGACACAUUAAAUUGAUUAAAAGUGACAUACAUGUUAUGAUGUUAUAGAUGAUUUCUAUGUUAAAUAAAUGUUUUUCUUUUGAACUUUAAAAAUUAAAAAUAAAAAUGCAGUGCAACUGUUUUAAACAAUGA